AGGUUUGGUUAAAUACAUGUGUUGUAUCUAUUAGUCAUUUGUAACGUCUGCCUACAAGUCUUCGUUCAGGUUGAAAAUAUUCCAGUUCCGGGGCUGUUAACUUAAGCUAGCUAAGUGGCAUUAGCAUCUGGGCAGCCCUACAGUCAAACGAUGGCAUCUGAGGCGAAGCGACCGAAGGUUGGAGGCGGUUCAGAGCGCCUGCAGGAUUUCCUUCUGUGGUGUGACAGAGUGGGUCUGGUCCUCAAUAAUAAGGUGUUCGUAAGCACAGAGGGAACAGUAGCAGACUAUGGGAUGCUGGCGAAGGAAAACAUAGAGAAGGGGGAGGUUUUGUUCACCAUCCCCAGAUCUGCUCUUCUCCAUCAGGAAACGACAAAGGUUUCUGCCUUGUUGAGUAAAGAGAGAUUGUCACUGGAGAGCUCCUCCGGUUGGGUUCCCCUGCUGCUGGCUCUUCUUUACGAGUCCACGUCUUCUCAGUCCCACUGGAAACCUUACCUCUCCCUCUGGCCUGACUUCAAAGCAUUGGAUCACCCCAUGUUCUGGUCUGAAGAAGAACGAGACAGACUACUAAAGGGAACGGGAAUCCCAGAGGCAGUGGCAAGAGACCUAUCCAACAUCCAAGCAGAGUAUAGAGACAUAGUCCUGCCUUUUAUGAUCAGACAUCCUGAGCUGUGGAACCCCAGUACACACACUCUGGAGCUUUACACACAGCUGGUAGCAUUUGUCAUGGCCUACAGCUUUCAAGAGCCACAGGAUGAUGACGACGAUGAAGAUGAUGAGGAGGAGCAAGAGAAGAAGGCCCCAAAUCCUCCAAUGAUGGUCCCCAUGGCGGACAUGCUCAACCACGUGUCCGACCAUAACGCUAACCUGGAGUUCGGUCCAGACAGCCUGAAGAUGGUUUCUGUGCGGGAUAUAGGUAAAGGCGAGGAGGUAUUUAACACGUACGGACAGAUGGCCAACUGGCAGCUUCUGCAUAUGUAUGGCUUCACAGAGCCGUAUUUACACAACAGCCACGACACUGCUGACAUUCCCCUCUCCUGCCUCUAUAAAGCUGCCACACGAGAUAUUCUCUCUGAGUCUGAGCGUCAGCUUUUCAAUGAGCGCUUCGAGGUUCUUAGCCAGAUGAUGCAGGAAGGUGGAGCGUUUGUGUUCGGUAAACAUGGCUGCCUCACAGAGUCUGAGCUACACUCUGCACUCAAGCUUCUGAGCAUGUCACAGGAUGAAUUCUCAGAGUUCAAAGACAAUGAAGGAUGGGAGGAGGAGGAUGAGGAUGAUGAUGCAAUCUCCCAGGCUUUCUCCAAUGAAGGUCUUCCAGAUUUAAAGGCAUCUUGGAAAGCACUGAUCCAUGAAGCUGUCCGGCUUACUCUGGGAUCCUAUGGAGACAGCGAGUUGGAGAGCGAUCGGCUGUUAAUGGAGGACAAAGUGGCUCUUAAAGGACUGACCAGCAGGCAGUGGAGGGCGCUGCAGGUCCGCUUCGGACAGAAGAGGAUUUUGCACAAACUGCUGGAGCUAACCAAGUCUUAAGUUCUGACAUGACAAGAAAUCUAAUUGAAACUGUGAGCAGCCACUGUAUAAAAAUGGUCAAUAAACUUAUUUUUUCUGAA